AUGGAGAGGUUUGGCAUUGCCUUGCUGCUAUUAGUGCUUCAGCCAAUGCAGUCAUGCACGGUUUCUCGUGCCCAGUUUUCGUCAAACUACACCGAUGAAUCCGCUCUUCUUACCUUCAAGUCCCCAAUCACCUCCGACCCCAACAACGUUUUGGGGAGUAACUGGACUGAAAACACCAACUUUUGCGAGUGGGUUGGUGUCUCAUGUAGCCGCCGACACAGGCAGAGAGUCACAGCUUUGGAGCUUCCUGAAUUUGGACUCCACGGCACCAUCUCCCCUCAUGUGGGUAACCUCUCCUUCCUCAAGGUGCUAAAUCUUCGUGAUAACAAUUUCCGUGGUCAACUUAUUCACGAGAUUAGUCAUUUGCGUCGCUUGAAGGUACUCAAUUUACAUUUUAACUGCUUAGAAGGGGUGAUCCCUGCCAGUAUACACCACUGCCGACAGCUUCAAUUCAUAUCUUUGCGUAAGAAUGAAUUUAGUGGCAGCAUACCCAAUGAAUGGAGUUCCUUGUCCAGUCUCAGUGAGCUUUAUCUAGGAGGAAACUGCCUCACAGGUACAAUUCCAUCUUUCUUUGCUAACAUGUCAAGAUUAAAGUCGAUUGGUUUGGCAGAAAACAAGUUUCAUGGCAAUAUUCCUAAUGAGAUGCGUAAUGUUCCAAGUUUGGAACGAAUUCAAUUUGGUGGAAAUUAUCUCACUGGGACAAUUCCUCCAUUUUUAUUCAACAUCUCCUCUUUACAACACAUUUCGUUAGACUGUAAUGACCUUUCCGGAAAUCUUUCUUUAACCAGUCCUACUGGGCUUUCUAAUCUUGAAAUCCUUAGCCUCGCAACAAAUCAACUCAGGGGAAACAUCCCUUCCUAUCUGUCCAAUUUUUCUAUGCUUACUGAAUUAUGGCUAUGUAGCAACCAAUUCACUGGAACAGUACCUGCAACUCUAUGCCACUUGGAAUCACUCACAACACUUGCUCUGCAGGAAAACCAGUUAACUACAGAACCGAGAAGUCCGGAACUUAGUUUUUUCACUUCUUUGACAAGCAUUAAAUCCUUGGAAACAUUGUUUAUACGAGAUAAUCCAUUGCACAGCAUCUUACCAGAUUCUUUUGGAAAUCUUUCUACUUCACUUCUCCAGUUCGUUGCAUCUAAUUGCCAACUAAUAGGUCGAAUUUCUGAUGGAAUUGGUUCCCUUUCAAACUUGAAUUAUCUUAUCUUGAGUGGCAACAAUUUCAACGGAUCCAUUCCAUCUACAAUCGGGGCUAUGAAAGAGCUGCAAAGGUUGCACCUUGAUGGUAAUAGGCUUGAAGGAUCCAUUCCCAAGGAGAUUUGCAGUUUGCGCAACUUGGGAGAUAUUAGUCUCCAUAACAAUAACCUCUCCGGAUCGAUCCCUGCAUGUAUCGGAAAUGUUAGUAGGUUGCAGACGAUGUUCUUGCAGUCUAAUUCAUUAAACUCGUCAAUACCAACGAGUUUAUGGAGCUUGGAUAGCCUCCUUUUCUUGAAUUUGUCAUUCAAUUCGUUAACUAGUCUAGGUGUCAACAUUAGAGCAAUGAAAUCACUUGAAACCAUAGAUUUGUCUUGGAACAAAAUCUCAGGUAACAUUUCAAUCACUUUGGCAACCUUUCAAAGUCUAAGUUCUAUCAACUUGUCCAGGAAUUCAUUUUCGGGACCCAUACCUGAAUCAUUUGCAAACCUGAGAACAUUGGAUUUCAUGGACCUCUCCCACAAUGGCCUAUCUGGUUCUAUACCCAAGUCUCUAGAGGCACUUUCACUUCUCAAAUAUUUGAAUCUCUCUUACAAUAAGCUAUCUGGGGAGAUCCCAAGUGGAGGACCUUUUGCAAAUUUUACAGCAGAAUCUUUUAUGAAGAAUGAAGCACUUUGUGGGAAACCCAGCUUACAGGUUCCGCCAUGCUCGGGUUCAAGAACUAGACAUUUUCCUUACAAAUAUGUUCUUCCAGCCAUUGUCGCCUCCGUGGCAAUCUUCAUUGCUCUAUUGUAUAUGAUGCUCAGAAAAUAUUAUGGAAAUAGAACACAAGCUCAAAGUUCUACCUAUAAUUUGUUAGACGGAAUCGAGCAUAGGUUGUUUUCAUAUCAAGUGCUUUGUAAUGCUACAAAUAACUUCUGUGAAGCCAACCUGAUUGGGGUAGGAGGUUUUGGUGCAGUGUACAAAGGAAUACUCUUUGACGGAACAAAUGUAGCUGUGAAAAUUCUAGACUUGCAACUUGACGAAGCUUUCAAAAGUUUUGAAGCAGAAUGCAAAGUGCUGCGAACAGUUAGGCAUCGGAAUCUUGUUAAGGUCAUAAGUACAUGCUCUAACACUGAGUUAAGAGCUUUGGUUUUGCAAUACAUGCCUAAUGGAAGUCUGGAGAAGUGGUUAUAUUCUCACAACUACUGCUUGAAUCUCCUUCAAAGAGUCAGCAUUAUGCUUGAUGUUGCUUUUGCUUUAGAUUAUCUUCAUCAUGGUCAGUUAGAGCCUAUUGUCCACUGUGAUUUGAAGCCUAGCAAUGUCCUUUUAGACGAAGACAUGGUAGCACACGUGGGUGAUUUUGGCAUUGCAAAGAUAUUAGCUGAAAAUAACACCGCAACACAAACGGAAACUGUAGGCACAAUCGGCUACAUUGCACCAGAGUAUGGUUCAGAAGGAAGAGUUUCCAUAAAAGGUGAUAUCUAUAGUUAUGGAAUAAUGUUGUUGGAGACAUUCACAAGAAAAAACCCCAUAAAUGAAAUAUUCACUGAAGACUUAAGUCUGAGGCAAUGGGUGAGUGCAUCACUUCCCCACAAAAUAAUAGAAGUCAUUGACCAAGGUUUGUUGACAGCAGGAGGAGAUGAAAUGAUGAGUUCCACACAAGGUAUUUUCGUAGCUAUCAUUGACUUAGGGUUGGAGUGUUCUAGAGAACUACCAGAAGAGAGGAGCGAUAUAAAAGAAGUGGUGGCUAAACUGGAUAAGAUUAAACUGCAACUGCUUCGUAAUUGA